UUGUUAAGCGGUGGUGUGUCUUCAAGUGUCGUGCAUGCAUUUUAUGCAUCUGUUGCUUUGCAUGCACUCUCUCUCCUCCCCCUCUCUCCUCCUCUCUCUCUCUCUCUCUCUCUCUCUCUCUCUAAAUACACGCUUUCUCUCCUGGUCUUGCCCACACAGACCCCCAAAAAUCCCACUCGCCGUUACGACUAAUUACGUUCGUGAACGGUAAAACACAGCUGACUGAGUUUUGACUCGUUUCUUCUUCUUCUUCUUCUUCAUCAGCUCACUCUAUCGAGCUCGCCCCGCAGCCUCCGCCGUUUCUGGGCAGUUUCCAGAGUGUGUUUCUGCUCUGUUCUUGGAUGACUAGUGGUUUUCGAGAUUUGGGUUUCGAUUUGGGGUUCGAUUUGGAUAAAACAAGGGUUUGAAGAGUUUGAAUUUGGGGCAAUGGACUCCAAGAUUUGCAUGAAUCCUUCGUGUAGGACGGCCAAUACGCACGAAUGGAAGAAAGGUUGGCCUUUGCGAACUGGUGGAUUUGCCCAUCUCUGCAACAAGUGCGGAGUUGAGUAUGAGAAUUCAGUUUACUGCAAUACAUUCCAUUCUGGGGAAACUGGUUGGAGGGACUGCAAUUUGUGCCACAAGCCUCUCCACUGUGGAUGCAUAGUCUCAGAGACAUUGUAUGAGUGCCUGGAUUUUGGGGGUAUAGGUUGUAUUGGCUGUGCUUCUCAACCUCGUGUGAUCCAGAACGAUGAUGUGUUAAAUGGAUUUGGUGGAUUGAAAAUAAGUAAUUCUGGUGAUCAGCAAUCUACAGUUCCUCAGAAUGGAGCAUUAAGUGAUACUGCCAACGAGGGAAAACUUUUGCAAUUGUGCCAAGUCAUGGAGGCCAAUGAAUCCAACCUUUCGUCUCAAUCUCAGAGAGGUGAUAUAAAUGUAUCUCCUGUGCAAACCAAACGAGAAGAAGUUACUUAUCCUAAGGGGGAAGUUGGCCCAGGAUUUUCAAGUGUCACUAGACCAUCUAUUGGAUCAUUAACAUUUACCAAACCAGACAAUGGUAGAAUAAUGAUAGGGGUCAAAGAUAUGAAUAAUCCAUCCUCUGAGCCGUCUUUGAGUAUGACUUUGGGAGGCCCGUCUGCAACUCCAAAUUUUGCUCAACCCUUUACUGGGGGAAUUUUGGAGGGAAGAGAUCAGAGCAAGAUGCCUUCUUCCUUCCAGCAGGGGCAAAAAAUUCGGCCUAUUUUGCCCAGACCCUUGAGACCUCCCUCUCCUGUUCACCAUGUGCGUGUUGCAAGGCCACCUUCUGAAGGGCGAGGGAAGAGUCAGUUACUUCCCCGAUACUGGCCAAGGAUUACUGACCAAGAGCUACAGAAAUUAGCUGGAGAUUUGAAUUCUACUAUUGUGCCACUGUUCGAGAAGGUGCUAAGUGCCAGCGAUGCAGGUCGAAUUGGUCGUCUGGUUCUCCCAAAAGCAUGUGCUGAGGCAUACUUUCCUCCUAUUUCUCAAUCAGAAGGCCUUCCUAUAAGGAUUCAAGAUGUCAAGGGUAAUGAAUGGACGUUUCAGUUCAGAUUUUGGCCAAAUAAUAAUAGCAGGAUGUAUGUUUUAGAAGGAGUAACACCUUGCAUACAGUCUAUGCAACUUCAAGCUGGUGAUACCGUGACAUUCAGUCGGAUAGAUCCUGGAGGCAGACUUGUAAUUGGGUUCCGAAAGGCAUCAAGAAGUUUAGAUAUGCAGGACCCCCAAACAUCUUUCCUUCCCAAUGGAACUCCUGGGGAAACUUCCUGUCCUAGUGUCGUUGAGAAUCUGGUAUCAGGAAGUGGUCAGUCUAGUCUUUAUCAAACAAAUACGGGAAGCAAAGACCCUUACCUAAAUGCUCUAUCAGGACAUUUGCAUUUGGCUGAUGGGGAUACGAGUUUGCAUAAUUGUGAGAACCAUAGUCACUUAACAAGUGAGGAUUUACUGCAGCGGCCAGUGUCAAAUUCUGACAAGAAGAGGGCCCGAAAUAUUGGGCCUAAAAGUAAGAGGUUGCUCUUGCAUAGAGAAGAUGUUCUAGAGCUGAGACUGACUUGGGAAGAAGCACAGGACUUGCUUCGUCCACCCCCGAGUGUCAAACCAAGCAUUGUAACUAUAGAAGAUCAUGAAUUCGAAGAGUAUGAUGAGCCUCCAGUGUUUGGGAAGAGAUCUCUAUUCAUUGCCGAAUCUGAGAGACAAGAACAAUGGGCUCAGUGUGAUGAUUGCUUUAAGUGGCGGAGGUUGCCUGUCAACGUUUUUCUUCCUCCAAAGUGGACAUGCUCUGAAAAUUCUUGGGAUAUGAACAGGUGCUCAUGUUCUGCACCAGAGGAGGUGAGCCAAAAGGAAUUAGAUAAUCUUCUAAGGCCAAGCAUAGAUUUAAAGAAGCGAAGAAUCGUAGUAAACCAUAAUGAAGCCCAAGAACAUGAACCUUCUGGCUUGGAUGCCCUGGCGAGUGCUAGUGCUGCCAUUCUGGGAGAUAAUGUGGAUUACUCUGGUGAGCAAUCACUUGGAGCCACAACCAGACAUCCACGCCAUCGCCCAGGCUGCACUUGCAUAGUAUGUAUUCAACCCCCGAGCGGGAAGGGCAAGCACAAGCCAACAUGCACAUGCAACGUGUGCAUGACAGUAAAACGGCGCUUCAAAACCCUCAUGAUGAACAAGAGGAAACGCAAAUCAGAACGUGAAGCGGAGAAUGCCCAUAGGGAUAAUAAUGACCACAAGGACGAAUCAGAAAUGAAUGGCACAUCAACAGAGAUCGAGUUGCAUAUGAAUCACUCAUCGGAGAAUGGAAGCAGCAGCGAGAAGAGAAUUGAAGCUGACGUGGCUGAAAGUUCAUGUGCUGGACAAAUUGAUCUGAAUUGUGAGCCCAAACACAAUUAUGUGCAGGUUUCAGGAUUGAACUUGUUGAGGCUUACUGACGCUGUUGCUUGCCAACCAGUAAAGAACGGCACGAAGGAAAGUUUCCUCACAAACAAGAUGUGUGAGCCACAGGCUGGUCUUGGUUCUUCUUUACUUGCACAAGAGACUGCGGAGACUGACAGACUCCUGUGUAAUGAAGGCAGCCUUUCGUCCGUAGCAGCGUGGGACUUGGAGGGUAGAGGUGGUGAGGACUGAAACAAUCGGACCGUCGCCCUUCUUUUUUGUCGGAAGUAUAUCCUUAUUUUGCUUUAUUUAUAGAGGCCAGUGCUAUACAUCUCUACCAGUUCUUCACAGCCAGUGAAUGUAAUCUGUUCUUUUUGCAUGAACGCUACCCUUUUGCGGCAAUCGGUUUUGGACGAGAUUACUUAAAAAAUCAAUCUUAUGGAAAAAAAAAAUCCAUCACUUAUUAACUGUUAA